AUGGAUCGGCUGGCGGCCACCGCGGCGGUGGAGAAGCUGCGAGGUCAACACCGACCAAUCACGAUGAGCAUGCCAACUGCUCCACAGAAUGGCAUCCCUGCGAAUCGCAUGAGCCCUUAUGCGGCUGCGCCGGGCUGCUACAUGCUGGCGCCCGGCAGUAUCGCAGUGGAGCCCUGGUCGCACAAGCCCAACCUCAUGCAGCGGAACGAAGCGGAGCGUGUUCGCAAGCGUGAGGAGGCCUUCCAAGCGCGGCGCCUGGCAGCUUUGCAGGCCAAGAAGGAGGCGGAGCUGGAGAAGAGCCUCAAGGAGCGGCAAGAGGUCCUUGCUGCCUUGAAGAAGAAGCCGACCCUCACAGAGAAGGAACCUCAGUCGCCUCAAGAAGAGCCGCAAGAGCCAACGGAGGCUGGAGUAGAGUAG